GUCAUCGUUAAUGAUUCAAGCCGAGCAAACGGCGUGGCUUCUCUGAAAUAAAACUGAUUCUGGUGGCACAGGCCCUGUGCUUGAGUCAACGCUAGGAAUUCACUUCUCGUGGCCCACCCUCUGUGGAAGCAUUUUAUCCCAGGAAUGAAAUGUCUGACUUCUCUGAAUUUGGUGGGUACGGCAGUGAAGAAAAGAUCAUCUUUCCAAACAGAGCUAACCACAUGUAAAAAAAACAAGGAGUAUGUGCCAAACUGUCUUGUGAUCAAGUAUUUAUAGAAAAGCUAUUAAUGGAACAGUCACUACAGGGGAGUGGAUUUCCUAAAUAUAAAUUAAUAUUCUGAGGCUUACAUGUUCUAACCCUUAACAUUGAAAACACCGAAGCUGUUCUAAAGGAUCUAACAAAAGAGAAGCUGUGCUCAUUCCACAUGGACAGUGACCUCAGUGAUGAAGACACAGACACUGACUUGGAUACCCAGCUCAUCAUUCAGCGGAGCCUGCAGGACAUUUACAAGCCGGGGACCACAGGGCAUGAUCCUGAGCAUGGGAGCUUCCAUUCCUCUUUCAGCGCUGACUCUGCGAAGAUAGUUGAAACAAUAGAGACAGGCGCGGAAGAUGCUCUGAUGCACUUGACCAUGCACCAGUCAGCUUUUGAGGAAGCCGAUGGGGCGGGCUGGCUUCCUCUGCACAAGGCUGCAGUGCAACUAAACAAGAACAUUCUGGCGAUCACCCUGAGAGCUUCAAGGCCAAGUACGUGGGAGAAAGCCACCCACAAUGGUGAAACGCCACUCUUCCUGGCAGUCAGCAGUGGCCUCCUGGAAAACGCCAGCUUCCUUCUUCUCAAUGGCUGCGAUCCAAACACCAAGAACGCUGAAGGCAAUUCUCCUCUUCUUAUAGCUGUUCAGCACGACUCCUGCGACAUGGCUGCCUUGCUGAUCAGCCACGGAGCCGAUGUCAAUCUGCAGUGUGCCAAUGAGAGGACAGCGCUCCAUGAAGCUGCCAAACUGGGCAGGCCCGACCUGGUGGCGCUUCUGCUGGUCUCCGGGGCACAGCCUGACCCACGCAGCGCCUAUGGUUUCACGCCGCUGGCUCUCGCUGCCCAAAGUGGACACGCUGGAAUCAUGGAACAGUUACUGCAGAAAGGAGCUAAUGCUCACGGCCAAGCCUCUGAUUCUUCUUCCAUCUUACUUGAAGCUGCAAAUGGAGGAAACCCAGACUCAGUGACUCUCUUACUAAAGUAUGGAGCUGACGCCAAUAUCCCUAAGAACUCAGGCCACCUGCCCAUUCAUGUGGCAGCCGACAGAGGCCACUUAUUAGUUCUAAAGAUUCUGGUCCCUGUGACGGACGUGGCUGCCAUUAAGCACAGCGGGAUCAGUCCGGUUCACUGUGCAGCAGCAGGCGCCCACCCCGAGUGCCUGGGCCUUCUCAUCCAGGCCGGGUUUGAUGUGAAUUUCAUGCUGGAUCAGCAAAUUCGCAAACACUACGACGACCAAAGGAAGUCAGCUUUAUAUUUUGCAGUCUCCAACGGUGACCUCUCUUGUGUUAAGCUGCUCCUGGGUGCUGGCGCACUGCCCAAUCAAGACCCGGUUAACUGCCUCCAGAUAGCCCUGCGGAUGGGCAACUAUGAGAUGGUAAGUCUGCUGCUGCGACACGGGGCCAACGUCAACUACGUCUGCAGGGUCAACCCUUUACAUUUCCCGUCGGCACUGCAGUACACCCUGAAAGAUGAAGUCAUGCUCCGGAUGCUGCUCAAUUACGGGUAUGACACAGAGCGAUGCUUUGACUGUCCUCACGGGGACAACGUUCAACCGAGGCAUGUUUUUGAAGGCUGGACAUCUACAGUUAUCAAAGAUACCAUGUUCUGCGAGGUGAUCACUCUGUCCUGGCUGCAGCAUCUCUCUGCAAAGGUGGUUCGAGUGAUGCUGGAUUAUGUUGACCACGUUCGGAUCUGUUCCAAGUUGAAGGCUGUGCUCCAGCAUCAGGGGCUCUGGUCAGAAAUCAACCUGAUCUUAACAAAUCCUCGCUCCCUAAAACACCUGUGCCGCCUAAAGAUCCGGAAGUGCAUGGGGCGUUUACACCUGCGCUGCCCUGUCUUCAUGUCAUUUCUACCCUUACCCAACCGUCUGAAAGCGUACAUCCUCUACAAAGAACACGACCUCUGGGAGCAAGGGAUUUUUACUGAAACUUGGUAAUCCAAGUCGUCUGAAGGAAAAGGUACUAAUUAAACUACGGUACAUGCAACUCAUUUUGUUUUCCCCAGCAACUAAAAUCUAAAUACACUCUACAGAUUUCUUUUCAAAGGGUAGCAUUCUGAAAGACCAUUUAAAUAUAAAGAGGCCAGUUAAAAUUCCAUUAACUGAAAAAA